CUUGGAUUUUACUGUUAAAAAUGUAACCGUCCUUCUAUCGGGAUAAAUCGUGUUUUUGUAGUUUUAAACCCGUCUGACAUCGACGUAAAUACUCCUGAACUGUUGGUGAGACGUUCCGCUACAAUUCGACCGGCUCAUAAUGUCGACAUUUAUCCAGGAUUUAACUUUAUAUCAACGUCCAAAGUGUGAAACCGCCGCUUCACUGAGUGACUCUACGCUUACACGACGGAGUGAUCAGGUUUCACGCUUCAUGUUUGUUAUUAAAAUCAACAUGAAAAUCAACAUGCAGAGACGUGUUGCAGACAGUUAAACAGCAUGAAGGACUGAGGACAUGCAGCAGAGACCAUAUGGUAGAGCUGUAAGACACCUCCACGCUGCCAGGAGAGACACACAGGAAGACACAGACAGGGCGGGUAGAGAGAGAGAGAGAGAGAAGAGAGGACCUCCACCUCCAUUCACUCUCUCUCUCUCUCUGUGAGCAGCCAACUGAAGUGGCAACGAGAGAGAAACAUUAACGGCAGGAGGAGACUCAGCGGGAGGAUGAAGAGAGGGAGAGGCAGCGUGAAGGAGGGCGUCUGACAGCGAGGAGAGUAUUUAUAGGUGGAGAGAUGGGGAGGCUGUGAAGAGAGAGAGAGGAGGGAGGAGAGAGAGAGAGAGAGAGAGGAGAAGCCAGACACAAUAAGAUUAGAAGGAAGACAAAGAGGAGGAGAGGGCGAGAGAGAGACCAUGCUGAGGAGGAAGAGGAGCGUGUCGUUCGGAGGCUUCGGAUGGAUUGAUAAGUCUACCGUCAGCGCUCUGAGAGCUCGUAAACAGGAGCUCCUGACCAUCUCCAAUGUUCCUGUCGGAGACUGCCCCCCCUCUCCCCCCCGCACCGCACCCCCCACCAUGAAGACGGCUCAUUUCUUUGACAUGAUGGACAAGAUGGAGCAGGUGCCAGAAGCUGCCGAGAUGAAGACAAUCCCUCCGAGACAGAAGGACGACUACAUCCCGUAUCCGAGGAUCGAGGAGGUGUUGGAGAGGGGGGCUCCGUACCCUCAGGUCAUCCUGCCGGAGUUCGGCGGUUACUGGAUCGAGGAUCCUGAGGCUGAUCCGCCUCCUUCCAUCUCUCUGGAGAUCAGAGGAGAGGAAGAGGAGGAAGAGGAGGGAGGAUUGGGAGGAAGAGAGGAGGAAGACACAGCCCCAGGGGAUUAUGGGUACCGGCUGGAGGAGAUCAGCGAGGCUGCACGGGCGUACAGGAAGCACUUCUUGGGCAGGGAACAUUUGAACUUCUCCUGCUCGGCCAGCAGUGUUGGAAACCUGCUGCUGUCUGUGAGGCACGAAGAGGAGAAGGAUCAGGCGUCCCUCCAUGUUCUCAUCAGGUCUCGGGUGAAGAGCGUCUACCACAGAUUGUCCCUCACAGAGCUGCCUGACAUCCCCAGUGUACCGGAGCUCGCCAAGCUGCUGUGUGAUGAAGCAGCAGGUCUGCGUUUCAGUCCCGUCCUCUACCCGAAGGCGUCUCAGCUGAUCGUAACCUACGACGAGCACGAGGUCAACAACACCUUCAAGUUCGGAGUCGUUUUCCAGAGAUUUAGACAGGUGUCUGAGGAGGAGCUGUUCAGGAACGACGAGGAGACGCCGGCGUUCACCGAGUUCCUGCAGCUGCUGGGAGACACGGUGGAGCUGCAGGACUUCAAGGGGUUUCGGGGGGGUCUGGACGUGUCUCACGGUCAGACGGGUUCUCAGUCCGUCUACAGCGUCCACCGACAGCAGGAGAUCAUGUUCCACGUGUCCACCAAACUGCCCUUCACAGAGGGAGACACACAGCAGCUCCAGAGGAAACGCCACAUAGGGAAUGACAUCGUGGCGCUGGUGUUCCAGGAAGAGGCCACGCCUUUUGUCCCCGACAUGAUCGCCUCCAACUUCCUGCACGCCUUCAUCCUGGUGCAGGUGGAGGAGCGCUGCUCCGACAGCACCUCCUACAAGGUGUCCGUCACAGCACGAGAAGACGUACCUCCGUUUGGCCCGCCCCUCCCAAAUCCAGCUGUUUUUAAGAAGGGUCCAGAGUUCAGAGAGUUUCUGCUCACUAAACUCAUCAAUGCUGAGAUGGCCUGCUACAAGAGCGACCGCUUCGCCCGACUUGAGGAGCGUACGCGGGCCGCCCUGCUGGACAGCCUCCAUGAUGAGCUGUACAGACGCUCCCAAAGCAUGCUGGGAUUAACGUCAGGUCUCGAGGAGGAGGGGCGAGCUGAGAACGGACACGCCCACGGAGGUCUGCUGGAGUCCAUCAAGAGGGCGAUGCGAGGGCGGAGCGUCUCCAUGGAGACCAUGUCGCGAGGUGGGGCGGGUUUGCCCACCAGUCUGAGUGGGGGGGGUCUGGCACACAUCAGCGCUGAGUGUAAUGUGAAAUCUCCUGUGAAGAGACGUUCAGGACUUUUUCCUCGUCUGCUGAGCGUCGACAGUCAAACAGAGAAACACAACCAGAGGAGUCUCCUCAGUGAACAGAGGAGCUUCGACAGCUGCCACGCCACACUGGAGGUGAGGUCAGAGCUGCCGUCCAAUCCCAGCUCUCCGGAGGCGGGACAACGAGACAGGAUUCACAUGAAGAAGGAGAGCAGUAAGAUCUCCAGAUCGACAUCCAGCACCUGCAGCUUCAGCAUCCCGGCUGACGAUUCGCACCUGCUCGCCCAGGCUGUGAUGGCAGAAGGUCAAAGUUCAAGUCCGCUCAUCGUCUGUCGCAGCCCAACAGAGAUGAAAAAUAAAAACUCUCCCAGAUCCAACCUCAAGUUUCGUUUUGACAAGUUGAGCCACUCUGCUGCAGGGAACUAGACUGUGAAGACGACAGUGGGAGAAUAACAACAAAGAGGUUCAGUCAAACACCAGCCUCCACACAGGAGGAAGAGGAGGAGGAUGAGGAGGAGGAGGAGGAGGAGGAGGAAGAGGAGGACAUUAAUGUGAAGACACUGAUGGACCGUCACACACUGAGGAUAAAAAGGGAAAACACUUCAACACAUUCGUCCUUCGCUGCUGCAGCUGCAUCUUUUCUGCUCAGACCUGCAGGACUGUGCAUGUCAACACACACACACAGAGGCUGAAACGUUCACACGCACACACUCAUUCACGUCAUUUAAAGGGUCACUCUGUCAGUUUUACACAUGAAAGUGAGUUUGCUGGUCAUGUUUAGCCUCCGGAGGAGAAACAGUAACACUGAUGAUGUCAUAGUGAUGUCAUCAGGAUUAUAUCAGGGUGCAAGGGCUCUAUUUUGGCGUCAACGCCGAGUCGCCUGGUUGCCAGUCGACUUGUGUUGUCCUACAAAAACAUGCAAAAAACUAGAGCGCAUUUUAACUCUAUUUUCUUUAAUGCAGUUUGGUGAUAUUUAACUACAGUUGGUUAAUGUGUGGAUCAAAUAAAACGUCUGAAAAUGUCCGAAAAAAAAGUCAAAAAGAUCUCCCAAAAAUGUCAAAAUAAUUCCCAAAAAUAUUCGAAAUAAAUGUCA